UAUCAGAGCCCCUGCAAUAAGUAGGAAUGGGCAGUGGCUGUUCACAUGCAGCACACCUUUUCCAUUUGCUAAGAAGGACCUGCCAGGCCGGGAGGGAGUUGUCCCUGCCUGACUCGGGAGAGAGGAGCCACGGUGACCAUCCACAGGCACCAUGAAACGGCUUCAAGUGACCAUCCUUUGUCUUCUUCUGUCCAGUCUUUGUAACAGUGAGAACAAAACAGAACCUCCUGCUUCAUCACCAUCGACAAACUCUACAAUAACCUCUACAGUAACCUCUACACCCAUGCCAACAUCACGUGAGGGGACAUUGACAAGUCCUGCUGGGAAAUCAACAGGUGGAACGACUCCUAAAGGAACCACAACCAAAGGUGUCAUGACGACUGAAGCCAACAUUACAAGUACAACAGUGAGAAAAUGUCCACUUUCAACUGUUGUUUCAACAUUACAAAGUUCCCACCCCAAGACUGGGACUCCGAGUUCAAUUACAGCAACAGAAACAUCAGUUAACAUCUCACCACCAGAUGCAUCAUCACCUUUCCAAACCAGUUUAUUAACCUCAAUACCAGUGAUUCCAGAAAACGUCUCACCGUCUCAAAGUUCUGAGAAUGGAAAAAAUGCAAGCGCGUCUUCAGCCAGCCCCUCUUAUUCCAGUAUUAUUUUGCCUGUGGUUAUUGCUUUGAUUGUCAUAACACUUUCAGUCUUUGUUCUGGUGGGUUUGUAUCGAAUGUGCUGGAAGACAGACCCAGGCACCCCGGAAAAUGGAAAUGACCAGCCUCAGUCCGAUAAAGAGAGUGUGAAGCUUCUCACUGUUAAGACAAUUUCUCAUGAGUCUGCCAUGGAUUCCAGGAGGUGCUGUGCCUUUUGCAAAAUACACAAUAGUGAGCAUUCAGCACAAGGAAAAACCAAGAACUGACAGCUUGAUGAAUCCUCUCCACACCUGGGCAAUAAAUAUUCUUCAAACUGACCCCAAGCUACAGCAGCCCAUGUCCAGGUCUGCCCCAUGUAAGGCAGCAGUGCAACCAUCCCUCCCGAAGGACCUGCCUCCACCAACCACACUGCGAGGGAGCAAGAUGCAGGUCUCGACCCUGGUCCCACUGCCCACCCUCACCCCAGCAUCCUCCUCCUCCCAGACUCUGGCAAACCACCAGCACUGCCAUCAGCAGCACCACAGCAUCCUCCCCCUGCCACAGUGGACCAUUGCCCUCCCCACUUGAGACAAAGAAGCUUCCCUCUCCUGCUCCUUUUUGGACCUGCAGAGAAUGAUGUUUCUGUCCUGCAAACAAGGGAACCUGAAGUCAUAAACCAAAGCCCUGGCUCUCCGUCCUGUGGAGAAGUGGAAAGCUGCCUGCUCACUCUUCUUCAUGAUAAGUACACAGCAGCAAAGCAUGAAAGUUGCCAAGAAAUAGUUACUCACAAUGUCACCCUGAGCAACAGACCUCAAAUGAUGCCCCACUGGUGAUAAGAAACAGUGAAGGGCUUUCAUCAAAAGUGGGGUAUGAUGAGAUUGCUCGAGGCACAUCACUGAAUGUUUAAUGUGGAAGAUUCAUUCAAGAGGAGUAAGAUCAGAAGCAGAGAAGACAGAAGACUAUUGCAGUAUACCCCAGAAAAAGGAUGAGGGCUUCACCAGGUCUGCAGGUACAGUGGGAGAGAGAUGAAGAGGCAGAAUUGAACAGAAAAAUGAAUGGAAGAUACAGUUCUCCAGAGGUGCUGAUUGUGUGAAUGUAGACAUUGGGGAAUGAGGACUGUCAGGGGUGUAGAUAAUGCCCACACUUCCAGGUCGAGUGCCUGGAUGGAUCACGGAGAUAACAGCAAAGACUGGAAUCACAGAGUGAGGGGGAACAGGUUUGGGAGGCAGUGUCGCGGUUUCCUUUCAGACUUGCUGAGGUUGAAGUGCUUCUGGGACAUUCAAGUGACUCUACUAAGUGGGAAAACUUCAGCUAGUCACUAACCUUUCUUAUCAAGAGACAAUCUCGCCCAGCAUCUCUGCUGCUGCUUCACUUUUUCGGAAUCUGAACUGUUCUGUUUCCCCCCCC